AUCACUAUUCGGCUACCACUCUUUUCUGCAACUGCCGGGACGCCGACUUUUGAUUUUCGCUUGAGUUUUGUUAUUUGCCUUACUUUAUUUCGUAAAGUACUACCGCAAACUCACGGAACAGCGAACAAUAUGUCGGACGUGCGCAAGACCAAGAGGUUGACCUUCCCCGCCGAUGAGGAGUUCGACGAAGAAUUGCUGUUGGAGAUUGCUGCUGUCCAGACCGAGGUAGAUCAAAUCAACAAGAAAACCACCGAAGAGAUCCUCGAGGUGGAAUCGCGUUACAACAAGCUGCGUCAGCCAUUAUAUGAUAAACGCUACCAGAUGAUAAAGAAGAUCCCCCACUACUGGUUGAAAUGCAUCAAGAACCACCCGAAGAUAUCCUUGGUCAUUCACGAGGAAGAGGAGGAUUGCCUCCUCUAUCUAACUGAUCUGGAUGUCCUGGAGGCCGACGACAUAAAAACCGGCUACCGUAUUACGCUGCGCUUCGCAGAGAAUCCGUACUUUGAGAACAAGGAACUCGUCAAGGAGUACUAUUUGCGCUCCAUGUCAUCAAACACGCUCAUUGAGUGGAAGGAGGGCAAGAACCUGCUCAAGCAGGUACUGGAGAAGCCCGACCACGGCAACAAGAAGCGCCACCCGGACUUCAAGUCCUUCUUCGACUGGUUCACAGAGCCCACUGAUAUCGUCAGAGACCGUGUCGGCAUGUCUCUAAGAGAUGAACUCUGGCAGAAGCCCGCGUAUUAUUAUUAUUACUGCAAAGAUAUUGGGGCUGUGCCUCAUUGACUUCCUGAAUCAAUAAAUAACCUCGUACCAAUGUAUGUACAUAUAUGUAAGCUUAA